AACGCGGGUGACGCAGCGGCCGCGAGGCGCGAGUCAUUGAUCCCGAUACAGUCCCGGACAGCCGACGCCAUGUCGGAGCUCGCGCAUACGAUCGAGCCGACCGAGCCGCUCCUCCCGCCGCUCGCGCUCGCCGCGUACGUUGCGUGCGUCGCCGGCGCUGCUGCUCUCGCCAACUGCUCCGUGAUAGCCGCCCUCUUCAAAACAUCUAGGAGUGGUUUACUCACCAUCAUUUUACAAUUAGCUCUGGCUGAUCUCAUACUUGGAGCAACAGUAGGACCCGAGUUAUGGUCUUACAAUGCCAGAUCGUGGCCUUUUGGUCAACACAGCUGCGUGGCCUAUCGAGGACUGAACGUUUUUGCAUCAACUGUAUCAUCCUACUUGGUAGCUACUAUUGCGCUACAUUCGCUUGCCACGAUUAAUGUAGAAGAAAAGGCUGUCGCUAAACGAAACAAACGUAACGCACAGGAUGAAGACGAAGAAAUAAGAUCUUCACGCCAUAGUUUAGUGACAAGCAGUGACUCCUCAACUCCGCCGAGAACUAUGAACCUGGACUAUCGGCUGACUGAUCGUCGAAUCUCAGUGGCACAACCGUCAGUGUUUGUGUGGGUGCUGGCUAUAUCGUUAAGUGUUCCCGAAUAUAUUUUAGCAACUACAGUGCACCAGGAUGAAAGCAUUGUACUGUGCACUAUUGUGGACAACAGUCAACGUCUGCAUAUGUACUCCAUCCUUGCUCUAUUAAAUUUGUUCCUACCUCUGUUUAUUAUGAGCAUCGCUGGUGUUUUAGUCAUUAUUAAGUUAAAGAUAAAGAAAAUACUAUCCCAGAUUGAAUGCUUUGAAUCCACUGCUGCACUGAAGUUGUCCCUGUGGCUAAUAGUGAUUUACAUUGUUUUAUGUACUCCUCGGUCUUUUGUCACCGCCUAUAAUAUUUAUUCCAAGUCAAUACUAGCUAAUGAGACUUCGUUGGCUCCUGACAAUGACAUGACUGUUGUGAAUGUAGCAACCAGCAGCACGUUUAUUAUUUCAACUUUGAUUCGUCCAGUGUUGAGCAUAGCUUUAAUACCGCGUGUGAGGAAAUCGUUUUCUUUCGGAUCGUAUACAAGUACAGACAACGUCUAGCUAAGGCUAAUAAAAAAAACUAAAGUUUCCAAAGUUAUACAAUAUCUAAAAAGAGGUGAUAUCUCUAAAGACUAGUGUACAAUGUACCAACGUAGCAUUUAAGCAAGGUUGCAUUUAAAUGUAAGUGAAAAGUUGUGGUAUUUAGUUAGGGAGACCAAGAAUUAGCAUAACAAACUCGACGGUAAUCUAUGCAGCGAGUCUAAUACGAGUAAAAGGGAUAUAGCUAGCGUCAGAUGUGACAUAGCGGGUAAAUAAGGAUAGAAAUUCUUCUAAAAUUAGACAAGAAGAACUAACCCAGUACUUACAUACUGAUCAGUAGUCAUACACAAUGCUUAAAGGAAAAUAGACUUAUGUAAAUAUUAAAGUAAUUUUCUUGUAAGUAAAUAAUAAUAUACUUAGCUUACGUAAAGUAAGACAAGACCAAUUAGUCGUAAAUACCUAUAAUGGCUGCUUUGCUCACUGUGCCAUUCCUAGCUUGAGAUUAUUCAAUAAAAGAUAGCCACUAUAAGAAGUUACUAUAGGAAAGUACUAUACCACAACACGAUAGUAUGAUUAUUAAAUUCAAGUUUGUAAAGCUUUUCAUAAAAAUUGCACAUUUAAUUUUAUUUUCGUACGGCUAGAGUCAUUUAAGUAAGUGAUUUAUUA